AUGGCCACCACCACUGUUACAACCACUGAUUCGAUAUUACCUCACGGACCGAAGGACGAUGACUCACAAGCUCCACGGCUUGAGCACCUCGACGCCACAGAUUCCUCCACAACCCAUCAGAAACUCGUCGAGAUUCUCAGGCGGGACGGAGGUGUCGUUGUCAGAGGCUUGAUCAGCCCGGAGCAUGCUGGGAGGAUUAGAACGGAGCUCAAAUCCACAUUUGAAGCCGACGUACCGGACAAGUCUGGAUUUUUCCCUUCAACCACUCGCCGUGCAACAGGAUUGCUUGGAGUUUCGGAUGCUUGUGUAGAACUUGCCACUUCCAACCUCUGGAUCGACGCUUGCAAUGCGAUUCUAACGAGCAGAUGCUCGCCGUGGUAUGGUGAGAGGCGGGCAGCCUUCACCAGCAAGCCAAUUCUGGCCGGCACUUUUGGCUUCCAGAUCCUACCAGGCACUCGCCAGCAGGAUCUUCACCGUGAUGACAGUGGACUCGACUCUUGUAUGAUGGGAUUAUUGGUAGCCGUGACCAAAUCCACAAAGGAGAAUGGUGCAACACUGGUAGUACCUCGCUCUCACUUGUGGAGUCUAGAUCGUGCUCCAAAGAACGAGGAAGCCAUUGCAGUCGAGCUUGACGUUGGCGAUGCUUUGAUAUUCGGUGGUAACUUGUACCAUGCCGGUGGGGCCAACAAGACUAGUGACCAAAUCCGUGAGGUUAUCGGCUUGUUCAUGUGCAAGGGUUAUAUGCGGCCAGAAGAGAACCAUACGCUAGCAGUCCCACCCCAGGAAGCGAAAAGAUUCUCCCCUCAGGUACAGCGCCUUCUUGGGUAUGGAAUUAGUCAACCGGCCGUUGGGUUUUAUAAGUACAAAGACCCGAUGCAGGUCUUGUUCGGAGUCGAAGAUGAGGAAACUGUGCGACUGUAA